AUGUUUGUCUUGGAUAAAAAUACGAUGAUGAAGGAAAGAAAUGAAUAUAACUUUGAUGUUGUUUAUGAUCGUCUCCCUCUUAAGACAGAGGAUAGCACCGUGCAGCGAGAAAGCCCUCCAAAGGGGCCAACAGCAGCGCCAUUAGAGGAGAAAACAAGCAAGGCCCAAGCAGCAGAGGAGAAGGAUUUGAAUGUAUUGAUGGUGCAAUUUAUUGUUCUUGUUGUUAAAUUAUUGACGGAGGCAGCAUUUAAUAAAGAAAAAGUGGAGGAUAUAUUACCAAUAUUAUUAUGUGAAUUUGAACGAUUAAAACUUCCAUCAAGAAGUCCUCGUCUUUUAUCUUCUUUUAAUCGUAUAAGGCGUGUAUGUGGUCAACCUCCAUUAACACAGGCAGAGGUAGCAGCAGCAGCAGCAGCAGUACCAAAUCCUGCUGCUGCUGCUGCUGCUGUGAAUGCUGCAGCAGGUGUUAAUGCUCCUACUGCUGCUGCUGCUGCGACUGGAGAUAAGAAGGAAAGUGCUAAAGGAGAUAGGGACAGGAUGUCCCCUGAUAGAGAUAUAUCUGCUGCUGCUGCUGCGCAUGUUGCUGCUGCAGCAGCAGGUGCAACAGCAAUGGAUGCAGCUGCAGCAGAUGCAGCAGAUGCAAAUGCAGCAGCAGAUGUAGCUGAUGCUGCAGCAACCGUUGCAGCAGCAGAAGCAGCAGUUGCAGCAGCAGAGGCAGCAAAAACAAAUAUAAGAGAUGCAGCAGAUGCAUCUGCAGUAGCAGAGGCAGCAGCAGCAGUAGCUGAUGCUGCAGAUGCAGCAGCAGCAGCAGAUGCUGAAGAUGCAGCAGCAGCAGCAGAAGCAGCUCGAGAUGUUGUGGAUGCAGAAGCAGCAGCCGAUGCUGCAGAUGCAGCAGCAGAAAAAGCAGCAGCAGCAGCAGAUGUUGCAGAUGCAGCAGCAGAAGCAGCAGCAGAAGCAGAAGCAGCAGCAGCAGCAGCAGCAGCAGAAUCGCAGAAGCAAGCUGCUGCUGCUCCCUCGCGGUUAUCUUUGGUGUCUCCAUGCAGCAGUGAAUCUUCUAAAGACAUAAGAAGAUCACCAUUAAGACCAGACAGCAGCAGCAGCAGCAGCAGCAGCAGCAUUGGUCCUGCUGCUGUCGUGGAUCCCAUGAGGGAGUCUGUCUUUACACCUGGAGAAAGAAGACGAACUGCUACAGCCUUUGGAGAUGGUGAUUUACCAUUAUUUCAGCAAUUUUUAUAUGCAGGUAUAGCUCCUGCCCCUGAUAAAUAUGUAGGGAUAGGAAGACCAUUAGAUACAUCCUUAUUAACAUUAUCCCCUAAGGGAGGAGGUAUAAUAGAGGCAGAUAAGCAGCAGCAGCAGCAGCAGCAGCAGCAAAAACAGCAAGAAAAAAAAGAAAAACAGCAACAAUUAGAAGAAAUUGAAGAAAUGAUACUCAAGGAACAUCAGCAACAAGAAAACACACAAGAAACAGAACAAGACAAUAAUAACACCAGCAGCAGCAGCAGCAGCAGCAGCAGCAGCAGCAGCAAUAGCAGCAGUAGUAGUAGUAGUAGUAGUAAGCGACUCGAUGCUGCUGCUGUUGCUGCUGCUGCUGCUGCUGCAGAAGCAGCAGGUAGUCCUGAUAGACUCAGCAGCAACAACAGCAGCAGACAUGGGGAUGUUUUAUCUCCCCAGAGAUUCAGUCUGCUGCAGCAACGUAUGCUGCAGCAGCAGCAGCAACAACAACAGCAGCAGCAGCAGCUAAAGCAGCAGAUCUUGCGGAUAACGCCAAGCAGGACGCAUUCUGCGGAGGUAGAGACAGCAGCAGCAGCAGCUGCUGCUGCUGCAGCAGCAGCAGCAGCAGCAGAAGAGUGUGGUGCUGCAGUUAAGGCGUACAGCUCAAUAGGAGACACUUCCUUCUUUGUGUCUCCUCUAAGACAUGCAGCAGCAGCAGCAGCAACUGUCUCCUUGUCUCCUUCUGUGCUGCUGCGUAGCACACGAGCAACAGUAUCUGAUGGCGCACUGCAACAGCAGCUACUGCUGCAGGAAGAGGAGCAACAACAGCAGCAGCAGCUGCUGCAACAGCAGCAGCAACAGCAGCAGCAACAGCAGCAGCAGCAGCAGCAGCAGAUGGGUAGUUAUGAGGAAGGAGACGAUCUUAGUGAGCAAUUAGACUCUGAGGGUCCUCUUACCCCUAUGCCCUCUCUUACUAUCCCUGAUGCUGCUGCUGCUGCUGCUGCACCUGCUGCUGCUGCUGCUAUUCUUGCUGCUGCUGCAGAUGAAUGCAGAACAGAGCAGCAGCACCAGCAGCAGCAACAGCAGAGAGGGGAAGCAGCAGCAGCAGCAAGGAGGGAGAGAGGAACAAUAAUUAGUCGAGAUGGUACACAGGAAGAAUUCAUAAGAAAAGAUGCUCCUGCUGCACCUGCUGCUCCUGCUGCUGCUCCUGCUGCUCCUUCUGCUCCUCCUGCUGUAGCAGCAACAGCAGCAGAGCAGCCAAGACAGCAGCGACCUGUUGCUGCAGCAAUACCAGAGACAGCAGCAGCAGCAGCAGCAGCACCAGCAGCAAGAGGAGGUCAGCCUAUCUGUCAAGGCAGCAGCAACAGCAACAACAAUAACAGCAACAACAACUACAGCAGCAGCAGCAGCAGCAGCAACAUUGGUGUGUCUCCUCAGUAUAUAUCUUCUUAUGAUGUAGAUAUAAGGAAGUUGGGGUGUACAGACAGCUCCUCCUCCUUAUUAGCUCCUCCUCCUUGUGGCUAUAUUGCCCCUGCUUCCUCCCCUGAUUACCUUAUGCAUCCUCAGCAGCAGACGCAGCAGCAACUGCAGCAACUGCAGCAGCUACAAAUUGAACUGCAGCAGCAGAUGGAGCAGCAGCAGCAGCAACUGCAGCAGCAGCAGCAAAUUCUUAUGCAAAAACAGAGACAACGUGCAUCUCUAUGCAGACUACCAGAGAGUAAACUAUCCAUGAAUAUGCAGCAGCAGCAGCAGCAGCAGCAGCAGCAGCAGAGGCAGCAACUGCAGCAGCAACUGCAGCAGCAGCAGGUGCAGCAGCAGCAGGCGUGGCAAGAUUUCUUUAGUGCAGCAGCAAUGGCUAUGCAGAGAAGAGAACAGCAGCAGCAGCAGCAGGAGAGAGCAGCAGCAAACCCUUAUUAUAAUUUUAGCGAGCAGCAGCAGCAACUGCUGCAGCAGGAAUUGCAGCACCAACUGCAGCAGCAGCAGCUGCAGCAGCAGCAGCAGCAGCAGCAGCAAGAAGCCCCCUACUUAGUGUAUCCACCAAUAGGGUUUCCUUCCUCGCCUUUAGCUAACGAAUUAGAUGUUAGUCUGCAGCAGCAGCAGCAGCAGCAGCAGCAGCGUCGCUCGUUGCAGUCUAUGUACCCAUCGCAGCUACCGCUGCAGCAGCAACAGCCACUACUGCAGCAGCAGCCGCUGCUGCAGCAGCCACAGCAGCAGCAGCAACAGCAGCAAGAGCAGCAGCAGCAAGGUGUGGGGUUUCCUGCUCCUCCUUUGCCACCAAUUCGUAUUGCUGCUAGCCUAAGGACACCAACAGCACUGCAGCAGCAGCAGCAGCUGCUGCAGCAGCAGCAGCAGCGUGUCUGCAGCAGCAGCAGCCAAGCACCCUUUGAGACCCCAAGGGUAGCAGCAGGAUGGCUCUGCUGCAGAAGCAACAGCAACAGCAACAGCAGCAGCAACAACGGCAGCAGCAGCAGCAGGAGCAACAAACAUAAAGGGAAAAAGAACAGCAACAGGAUACCUAAUCCCUUGUGCAGCAACCUGCUGCAGCAACCGUAG